AUGCGUUCCGCUGUGCAAACUCUUCUCUCGUUUGUGUUGGUGAUGCUAUACACGCUGACAGUGCAGCCCGAUCAUUCUCGAGCCAUGGCUUUGGAGGAUCGGCGGGGCGUAAUCGAAAACAGGGAAUUCUCCCAUGAUAUGAAACGCGCCCCUCUCAGGAGAGAUGGUGCAGUUUUCUGGGAGAAAACCACUGUCGAUACUUCUAUACCGACUGCUUCUAUAGAAGGCAGAGAUGGAGCGGUCUUCUGGGAAAAGACUACUGUCGGUGGUACUGCUGCCGCUGUGGCAGGCAGAGAUGGUGCAGUCUUUUGGGAGAAGACCACUGUUGAUACUGUUCCGACUGCAACGGUCUGA